GGAGUCUUAUUUUGAAAGGCCAUUUAAGAAGUAGUACAGCUGAAUCUGUGUAACUUUAUUACGUAAUUUAGGAAAAGUGAAAAUAAUCGACUUUAUUUCUUCUUGGCUGAAGAUCAUCGUCUGCUCUGCUCCCAGAUAUUUUCAUGCUCGAACAUGAAUCCGGGUCUCACCAUCGUCCUUCUGGGAAACUCAGGAGUUGGUAAAAGUGCUUCAGGAAACACGAUUCUGGGUCGACAAGCAUUUGUGUCAAAACGAUCCUUCAAACAAGUCACGACAAAGAUCUCUGAUCCUGAAACUGAAACUGUGUUUGGUAAACGGAUCGCAGUGAUCGACACUCCAGGAAUAUUUGGGUCUGAGAGGGAUGUUAAGAGAUGUUGUCAGGAGGUCCUGCAGUCUUCCACACCUUGUUUGUUCCUGGUGGUGAUUAAAAUAGAUCGAUUCACCACAGAGCAGAUGAACGCCGUGGAGGCAGCUAUCAGAGUCAUUGGAAGAGACAAACUCAAACACAGUUACCUGCUCUUCACAGGAGGAGACGUGUUAGAUAAUGAGUUGGAAGACUUCAUCAACGAAGAUCCAGAUGGUGCUCUUGGACGUUAUGUUGAAAUGUUUGGAGGACAUCAUGUGUUCAACAAUGAAAAUGGAGGACAGGGACAAGUCAGAGAGCUGCUGCUAAAGUCAGGACACCUGGAAGACGCUGCAGCUGAUCUUCCUGAAAGAAGGAUCGUGCUGCUCGGUCUACCUGGAUAUGGGAAAAGUGCAUCAGGAAACACCAUCCUGGGAUCAAAGAAGUUUAAAUCAGAGAGCAACUUCAAUGCAGUAACUACACAGACUGUCUCUGCAUCAGCCGUGGUGGACGGCCGUCGUGUCACAGUGGUGGACACUCCAGGAUUCACUCCAGGACAGGUUCUUUCACUCAAAAACCUGUUUUAUGAGAUCAUGAAGUCGAUAGCAGAGGCCAGUCCAGGACCACAUGCCUUCAUCAUUGUGGUGAAGAUUGACAGGAUCUCUGAAGCAGAUGUCAUACUGUAUGAGAUGCUGCCAAAACUGUUCGGCAGAGAUGCUCAUAAGUAUGUGAUGAUCCUUUUCACUUAUGGAGAUCAGCUAGGAGACCAGAACAUUGAAGAGUUAAUCAGGUCCCACAAAUGUGUGGAAAGACUGGUCUCUGAGUUUAGAUAUUCUGUGUUUAACAACACAAAGAGAGGGGACAGGGUGCAGGUUAAAGACCUUCUGGGUAAAAUUGAUGUGAUGGUAACAGCUAACAAUGGUGAGCACUACAACUCUGAGAUGUUCUAUGAUGUUCAUCCACUGGAUGUUCAGCCACUGGAUGUUCAGCCACUGGAUGUUCCGCCAAAAGAUGGACCGUCACUAUGGGAGAAAUUUGUUCUAUGGGUAAAUGCUUUAUGGGAGGAACUUAAGGAGUGGUUCAAAGAGAAGAUCUGUAUUUUAGAAAAGUUCUUAUCAAAAGAACGCCAGUGCUACGCGAGGGUUGUCUAGUGGUACGCAGGGAAAAGUUGAACGUGGAACGAGCUGGGGAAAUGUAAUGUAAAUGUAAGGGAGUAAAUAUAUGUAGUAUGUAGGCUAACUUCAAAAUGAGUGGUUCAGCAACACUUAAAUCAUGGCUUCAAAGUGGAACAAUUAAAAAGAAGACUUUAAACUAUUGUUAUGAGUGUGCCUUGCAAAGCGCACUAUAUACUCUCCACCCAGGAAAGGUUUAAUUAGUGUGGAUGCCCAAAGGUCAUAUUACUAUAUUACUAUUGUUCUUCAAAUCUUUAUUCUUAUUAUUCUGUCUUCCGUACGUUUUGUACUUGUAUUCAACUUUACAGAAUCUUUUACCAUUUUAAAAUAAUCAAACACUAAAGUUGAGCAGGUUUUUACUCGAAAUCUGCGUUUGCAAUGGGUGUGUAUUUUGUCUGCGCCAGAGUGAAGAAGCAGAGAGAGAAAAAAUAAAACAGAAAAGUCUCUCGUGGCCACAAAUUUCAUGCUACAGAAAUAAUUUAUACAUAGAAACGUAGGAAAAUGUGUCCUCUCACUCACAUUCAUCUGCUAAAGCUCUCAGACUUAUAGUUUUGGCAGGAGACACACUGAUGCACCAGCAACACCGACCUAUGGCCCCAUCUACUCCCAAGCUGGUUCAAUGAUUGGAAACAUUGCAUUUCCUUUCAUUAUGUGAUGACAGCCAGAUCUAUGUCCCCCUCAAAAAGUCAGAUUCUUACUCUGUUAACCCGCCGAUAAAGUGCUUACAUGACCUUAAAGCUUGGAUGGCUUUAAGUUUUCUGAAUUUUAAUGAAAAAAAAUGAAGUCAUGGUCUUUGGUGGCACUUCUGUGACCCUCUGUGUGACCUUAUGUGUAUACAGUACAUGUAUAUUUUUAUCUUGCUUUUUAUUAUUUUAUUUUAUUUUAUUGUUUUAUAUCUUUCUGGUGUCUACUUCAUCUUUUGAAUGUGCUUCUAUUGUGUUAUCUAUCUAUUGUGUUUUAUCUUGUUGUGCAGCACUUUGGAAACUUUGUGUUUGCUAAAAUUGUGUUGUAUGAAUAAAGUGUAUUGGAUAUUGCAUAUAAUACAUUUGGUAUAAUGUUAUGUGAUUUGCCUUAAGUGUAAUAAUAAAGUCGUCCCAUCAAUCAUC